UGCGAGCCAAUGGGAUUCAUCCUGGGAACACGCGUUUCUACGACACACUACUGCUGCGAACUUGGUCCCAGUUUCUUAUCUGUCAUUUGCACUGUUAGAGAAAAUGGCUAUUCGUGUGUUAGAAAUCAUCUUUUUCUUUUAUUUUGCUUCUCACAUUCCUAUAACAUUAUUUAUUGACUUACAAGCCCUGCUACCUGGACAUGUGUACCCUCAGCCGCUGAAGGAUCUUCUCAGGUGGUAUGCAGAGGAGUUCAAAGACCCCAUGGUGCUGGAUCCUCCACAGUGGUUCAAAUCUUUUAUUUUCUGCGAGGCUCUGUUUCAAACGCCUUUCUUUCCCGUUGCAGCUUAUGCUUUCCUUAAAGGUGGCUGUAAGUGGAUCAGGACUCCUGCCAUCGUGUAUUCCACACAUGUGGCCACAACGCUGGUCCCGAUUCUAGCUCACGUCCUCUUCUAUCAGUUCCCUAUGAAGCCCCACCCUGGUCCCCAGACCAUGCAGGAGCGCUGGCUGCUGCUCUCCAUAUACGCACCAUACCUGCUGGUGCCUGUGCUGCUGCUCCUCACCAUGCUGCUGUCCUCCACAUACAACUCCACCUCCAAGUCUGGACACACGGCAGCCAAAUCCAAGAAGAAGAACUGACACAUAACCAGACUACAGCCAUGGAACUCCCUCUGAUUUUAGGAGGUGGUGUGCAUAUGGGCCUCUCUGAGAGGCUUUGUGAGUCGGACUGCAUUACACUAUUAUUACAAGGGAAUUGCCGUUGUUAAUCCAGAAUGAGCACUUUAAAGUAAACAAUUGUUUGCUGAACAUGUUUUGUGUCUUUAUCAGUACCAAAUAUUUAACAGACUCUAGCCAGCGUUGAUUCAUUUCAGUAGUUUCAUCUAUGCUUUUCCUGCAAAAGCUAUUCAAACUGUCCUGAAGAAAAUGUCCAUUCCUGCAACAAAAUUCACCUCGGAGAAGUUUAUGUUUGCUUUUUUUGUGUUGAAGGUGUUAAGAUAGUGAAGGAGUUGUGUAUUAUUGCUGCAUAUGCAUUAUAUUAUAUAAAAUAUUGGGAUGAGGGAAACAGAAUUUCAGAAACCCCUCUACUGUUUAAACUGGUAACUGUUUGGCCUGGAGUUUCUUUGGGCAGACUUAUGUCUGCGUUGCUACUGUCCUCUACUCCAUGUUUAAAGUAGCUUUGGAGUUUGAGCCCCGUUUUUAUUAUUUCAAUUUCAAGAUUUAAUUGAGGCCAACGGUUUCUUCCUACUUUCAGUCUUUGCUGGACUAUCCUUUUAAUGUGAGAAACCCUUUGUUUCUCAAACCUUUACA